UGGCAGGCGCAUUUCUGUCGAUACUUCUAACCAUUCACCCGACCGAGGGAUACCGAGCGAAUCCUGAACUAGUGUUGCGUCAUCGCAGAGAGACUGACACCGCCGCUCCAUUAGAAACGAAACCUCUAGAAAUCGAUCUUUCAACAAAAGAAUCCAAUAACACUGAUACUAGUUCCAGUGAUAGCAAACUUUCAAAACCUAUCACACGCAACCGUGGCAAAAUCAAGUACCACUCCUCGCAAUUUACGCCAAAGACUAGUGAAAUAUCAGCAAAUGCCAAAGAGGAGGAUAAUAAAAAAAUCCGACAUCAUAGAAUAAUAAAAUCAAGGCAGUAUAGAAAUGUUUCUGAAACUACAAUAGCUGAUGUGAGUACUGAAUCUAUUAAGGAUGUGAAGCCGCAGUCUGAUGAAACAACCCCGACUAUAGAAGCAAAGGCUGAGAGUAAGAAUAAUGUGUCUGCUAAUGUUGAAGCUUCUACAGAAACAGUUACAGAGUCUACUACGAUAAAAACAUUAAGAUUUAGAACUGCCGUUUCUGCAAGCUUAGAACCUCAAGAAAAAGAUGAUACACAAUCUCAAACAGAAACUUAUGUGGGAAAAGAAACAUUGGUUCAUUUAGAAGCAAAAAAUCUAUCUGAAACUGUUAAAGCAGUGCCUGCGAAUGAAGAGCUUACCACUACAUCCUCACCUGAAUUAUCAACUAUUUCCGCUAAACCAACUUCAACCGAAAUACCUAGCUUUGAUAUUAGUAAAUAUAUCUCUGAAGAUUUCCAUAAUCAAAAGUACCGCUUACCUUCAGAUGAAGAAUCUACUUUCAUGUCUUUGCAAGUACAUGAUCCUGUUGAAGCUGUUAAAGGAAUUCGACCAGUCGAUCUACAUAGGUUUGAAGAUGAACUAACUACUCCAAAAACUAUUAUUUUUGAUGAGCAUCAUGCUGCACUAAAAGAUGACAUUAAAAGUAAUUUAGCUGCAAAUGGCGGUGAAAAUAGUGAAGCCAAUAUAGAUUUAGAUGCACUAGCCGAAAAGGCAAAGACUGAUAAUAAUACUAGAGUUGACAAAUUGAGUGUUAAAGAAAUAUAUAGCAAAGACAUUGUGGGAGAUGAUGGUCAUAAGCACAAAGAAUUUAUAUCCACUAAUGGUACAAAAGUUGAAUAUGAAACAUCAAAUUUUGAAACGAAUAUAAAAGAAUUAGAGAAACAGGACGAAUCAACAGAAAUGAGUUCUAAUGAAAAUCAUAAACAUGAAGUUGUAACAGAAGCGUCUUCAGCUGUAACCAGUAAAGUAAUACACCAUCACGCCUCAGGGUUCGUAAAUAAUUUAGAUGUUAAAGUUCGCGAAGUUUUUCCCGAUUUAUCAACAUCUACGCCGAGAAUCAUUAUGCAUACACCUGCAAAUAUUGUAACCAUCCCCGUCGUGGAUGCAAUAUCAAAUACUACUCAUCCACGAUUAAGAAUAUCAGUAAAAGCAAACAAAUCAAAUCCACAAAAUGAUUCUGAAACUAAUGAAAACAUAUUAGGCAAAGUUUCAAAUCGUGGCCAAAAAUCAUAUUUAGUCAGCACUCCAAGUUCAGUACAAGACUCUAAAUCAUCCAACGAAAUUCAACAAGCACAGGAAACAGUGCAUGGUACUACAAAAGCAUUUCGACAAUUAAAUUCUUUUUCACAAGAGAACAUGGAAAAGUACAAUAUGAAUUUACCCGAUAAUGCAGAUGCAUGGUCCUUGAUAGGAAUGAAACAUGUGCCAACACAAAAACAAAAUAUUUCGGCUAUUACAGAAACACCAAUCAAUGUCAAAGAAUUGGUUGAUUGGAGUGAAAUAAUGAAAAACGAACGAAAUUCUUCUGAAAAUACGCCAAAUUCUAGCACAAUUAAAAAUAUUAUUGGUCGAGUUACUGAAAGCCAAGGAGAAGAAAAUAAACUUAUACCUGUACAGGUACCAGCACCGACAAAAUCAUCAGCUCUGGUUGUAGAAAACAACAUACCCAGCAAUGAUUUAACCACAAUGAAACCGGAGGAGUUUAUAGAGAAAAAUGAUGAUCAUAAAAAAUCUAAACAAGAUACUAAAGACGAUGGUGAUAAUUUGCAAUUCAAUAGAGUAGAUGAUUUUGAAAUAAAUUCUCCCUCAUCUAAUAUUGAAAAAAUAAAUAUUACACUUAAAAAUGCUGUUAUAGUGAAUGCAACAUUUCCACCAGUUAUAAUAACAUUUAACAUGACGACUAUGCCGCCAAAAUUAUCAGAAGUAACGGAAGCAUCUAUAACUGAAAAGCAGCAAGUAUAUACGACGACAAUAGGACAUCAAAAAGUCGUAUCUAAGAAUCAUAAAAAGCAAAUGACAAUAGGAGAGCAAAAAGUACAAAUGACGAUGGAGCAACUUAAUCAUACAACUCAGCCCAUUCAGCAAACAACAUCAAAUAUUUUAGAAAUGACUAAAACUAGUACCUCACCAAACAUAGUUAUUAUGUCUCCUGAUCAAAUAAACGCUGAAGAUAAACGUCCUUCAACUGUUCUAGAAGUAGAUUCGUCAACUGCAAGUGAAUAUGAUAUGUCGGCUUUCACAAACGAAAUUAUUCCAACAACUACAGAUGUGCCUACAGAAAUAACUGAAGAAAAUCUGACAACUAUGAUAUCGAAUUCACCAACAUCGUCUGAAAUUAUGUUCAAUGAUUCUCCUAGCUUACCAACAGAAGUACCCAAAUACGAAACAACGACGGUAGAAGAAGCCAGUACAUCCAUGUUACCAGAACAAACUACUGAAACAGAAGAAUCUUCGUUUACCACCAUUAACACACAGGAUGUAAUAGUUACUGAAACUGAAACUACAAUUACAGAAACACCUCUAGACUUUAUUACUGACACAAAUGAAAUAGCAACGGAUGUACCGGCAUCAAAUAAAUCUUCUUCUACGCUUCUGAAUUUCCCGGAAACAACAUUAUCAAGCAGUUCAGGAAUCGAAGAAACAACUUACGGUAAUAUGAUUGUGAAAAUCAUGAACGUGACAGAAAAAAUGAAUGAAGAAAGCGAUUUUCCUCCUUUGCCACGUCUGACCACAUUUAAACCGAAGGUGACUCCAACUCCAGACACGUUAAGCUCCGAUGAUUUUAUUGAUGAAUAUUCAGAUAUCACAGAAGGAAUCGAUAUAAAUAUUAAUGGUAACAACAAUAAUAAUAUUGCUGGUCACGAUGAAGAGAUUUUUAAAAACAAAAGUAGCGAUAUUCCGAUUUUGCCAACGGAGCAUGAGAAAGAAAUUCAUACAACAAGCCCAAGAGAAACAAAUCCAGGCCAAACUGCACCACCACCAGAUAUGAAUGCAGACAAAGAUAUCCCCGACUUUAUAACAGAUCGGGUGCUACAGGAAGAUACUACCGUGUCCACAAAGGAACCAUUUGUACCUCCAGAAAUAAUUACCACAACAAUAUUUAGUACUACGAGUAAAGAUCCUGAUGGAAGUUUGGGCAGUCAGGAACCUCCUGAAGAAGGCGGAGCAGUGGCUGCGGUCACCAUCAGCAUUAUUGGAGUUAUUGCAUUGAUUGUUUUAGUUGCUCUCUUGUAUGUUAUGCGGAAACGCCAGCAUAAACGUACAUACGGGCAGCGUUGCACACCAGUCAGCCUGGACGCGUACAGCGUUGAUAGCGUUUCGGUCUACAGCAGCGUCCGGGGCAAAAACAGGGCCAGAGCUUCGAAGAGAUCUUAUGGAAAUCCAGCAUUCAAUGAUAGCGGGAUGACUUCACACAGCAUGUCCUUCCCUGCUCUAAGCAAUUUUAUUUCGGACGAAGCUGCAGUAUUUGCUGAAUUCACAGAAAUCCCUACAGUGACCGUGCGAGCAGAUGAAGUGCCAGCUGGAUGUGAAGUCAAGAAUCGUUAUGCCAAUGUUAUGCCACUGCCUGAAACCAGAGUUCCUCUAACUGCAAAACCAGGGGAUGAAACUGGGGCUUAUAUCAAUGCGAACUUUGUCAGGGGGCCAAGAGGAAUCAGGAAUUAUUAUAUAGCUUGUCAGGCUCCGAUGCAAUCUACUGUCAAUGACUUCUGGAGGAUGAUUUGGGAGCAGCAAUCCAAAGUAAUACUAAUGUUGACUGAUCUUUACGAAAAUGGUGUGGAAAAAUGCACAGACUAUCUCCCACCGUCAGAAGUUUUGGAUUGUCAUAGAUUGUUCGGUGAUUUUAAAGUCACGUUGAAAAAACGCGAAGUUAAGGAUAAAUACGUAAUUUCUAAUGUGCAAUUGUGUAAUAUGGAAAGUGGCACGUGGAGGGAAGUAACGCAUUUAUGGUAUAUGUGGCCUGAAAAAGGAGUUCCGAAGGAGUACCAAAGCAUGAUUGCUUUCUUGAUUGAAGCAAGAAGUUUUAUGAAAUCUCCUCAUGAAAAAACUGAGAACAACAAUACAUCUGUAGCAAAAACUCAGCCUCCGAAAAAGGAAGGAUCUGAAGUUAACAUUUAUUCUCCACAGCAAGCACAGAAAGUGUACAGGAAAGCUCACAGGGCACCGACAGAGCCCCCAAACAGUAACGGCGAUGCUAAAAAAUCGCCAAGUGGGGAAUCCUCUUCGAAAAAUGCUCAAGCUAAAACAACUACGACAUCUAUGUGUCGACUUACUACGAUAAAUGAGAAAUCGCCGAACGGUAGUGUCUCGGAGCCGCCGUCCCAAUAUUCGACGGCGCCCGUGGUCGUGCAUUGCAGUCCGGGAACGGGACGUACCGGCGCGGUAAUCGCUUGCGAUCUCGCGAUAAAAGAGUUCGAAGUUAAUAGAACCAUUGAUUUGCCGAAGACUGUCUAUAGAAUUCGCAGAGAUAGAGCUAGCUCUGUGCAGACUAAGGAACAAUAUAUGUUUAUUUACCAGGUAAUAAAUCUCUAUGCAACAAAACUGACUGGCGGAGUAUUGGAUUCAAUUUAAGCAUCACAUAGCCGAAAAAAUAAUAAGUAUAUGCUCUACAUACGUUAAUUAUAUUUAUGUCAAGUUUACAUUUUCAGUAAAAAAAGAUUUUUGUCAAAAUUAUUGCCAUUUUCUUUAAUAUUUUGACUUGUAACU